AUGAACGGAACCGUCACUCCUUCCACUAGCAAUGACCCUGCCGUCGACGUGACAAACAACGACGAACACUCUCGUGAAACCACGCACGACAACGACCCUCUUCCAACGCAUAAACUCGAGCACUUGAAGGUUGGGGCAAAUGGUGUACAGCUCCUAGUGUCUACAAAAAAUCAUUUGUAUGAUGCCGAGGAUGUUGAGGGCGGCAACAGCUCGUUCCAAUGCGUUGAGGCGUGGAGCGAGGGGACGGACGACGGCCUCCUUUCCACAAGGUUCUGGUUCAUCUACGACGACAGCAUAGAAGGGAUGUGGCGUGUUUAA